AUGGAUCCAUUGAGUCCACCUGCUCAAGACCAGCUUGGGUCCGUUGAACCGCAUGUGUUUUCGGACCCUGCGCGUGCAGAAUACUGGAGGAAUCUUUAUGAAACGGUCAGAUAUGAAGGCAGAUCCAGGCUCGACCCAGAGUUGACCUGGACUGCCGAGACCGAACGACGUUUGAAAAUGAAACUGGACCUGAGGAUCAUGCUAUGGGUUUGGAUCAUGUUCUCGUCUUUGGACCUUGUCCGGCGGAAUAUUAACCGUGCCGUGUCGGAUAAUAUGAUACCAAGUACGCUCCACCCCUAUACAACCAUGUCCGGCCCUAACCCGAACAGCGACUACAACACCGGCCAGACAGUCUUCUUUGUCUGCUUCCUCGGCUCAGAACUCCCCGGAAACCUGAUUAGCAAGAAGUUCGGACCCGAUCGGAUUAUCCCUAUAUGUAUUGUGCUCUGGGGUGUAGCUUGCGCUGCGCAAUCUGCCAUGACCGGACGGGCGUCUUUCCUCGCGAUGCGUGCGAUUAUCGGGGUAUUACAAGGAGGAUUCAUCCCUGAGAUGGUCCUUUAUCUUUCAUACUUUUAUAAGAGCAACGAGCUGCCGAUUCGACUGUCAAUCUUCUACACUGCUAUCCCGAUCACGCAGAUAUACGGCGCGCUCCUUGCUAGUGGGAUUCUGGAGAUGCGAGGAGUGAGAGGAUGGGCUGGAUGGCAGUGGCUUUUCCUCAUCGAAGGCCUUAUUUGCAUAGUCGUGGGGUUGAUAAGCGCCGGAGUCAUGUCGACCUCCAUCAUCCAGCCCGCACUAUUUUUCCGACGCAAAGACGGAAGCAACAAAUGGUGGACGCAGGAAGAAGAAAAAGUCCUGGUGAACCGUCUCCUUCGCGAUGAUCCAACCAAGGGCGACAUGAACAACCGACAGCCCGUGGGCGUCAAGCAAGUCUUGAACGCCAUCACCAAUAUCGACGUCUGGCCCAUCUACAUCCUCGGUCUAACCGCCUGGAUCCCAUUCCAACCCGUCGCAAACUACCUCUCGCUCAUCCUCCGCGGCAUGGACUACACCGUGCUGGAGUCCAAUCUCCUCGCAAUCCCCGGCUACGUGCUGUUCGCCGUCAACAUUCUCAUCGCAGGCUGGCUCUCCGAAAAAUUCAAAGAACGGUCUCUCGUCGCCGCCCUCAGCAACAUCUGGAUGCUGCCCUUCUUCAUCGCCCUCGUCUGCGUCCCCGACUCCGUGAGCCCCUGGGUCCGCUACGCGAUGUUGACAGGUAUCAACGGCAUCCCGUACACGCAUUCCAUCCUGGUGGGGAUGACGUCCGCGAAUGCGAAAACAGUCAGCAUGCGUGCUGUUUCGACCGCUAUAUACAAUAUGUCCUACCAGGUUGGGAGCAUUGUUGCUGUGAAUAUUUAUCGUGAGGAGGAUAAGCCUUACUACCACACAGCAAACAAGGCAUUGGUCGGUCUCUGUGCUGGAAAUAUUGCCCUGUUUAUUGGCAUGAAGCUGUUUUAUAUCUGGCGCAACAAACAGCGUCAGGCGCGUUGGGAUGCGUUGCCUCCGUCGGAGAAGAUCAGUGGUGUCGAUGUUAAGUACCUGCACUGAACGUCGCUCGCUAUAUGUCUAGCCAUUGCGCGUCCCAUAGACUCGGGUUGUUUGAGAUAGAGGCUAGAUGUCAUACCAUUAGGAGGACUGGAGGAGAUGCUUAUUAUUUGUUGCCGUCAUUGCGAAAGAAGAGGUGGAUUUAGUCUGUUCUGUAAGUGGAUUUAGUCUCUUCU